AUGGCGGCAGCUGAUUUACCGGAGGGGACUCUUCAGAACGUACGGAACAGACAGCCUCAAGUGGGUUUUGUUGGUGGAAAGAAGUUCACCAAGACUCCAACUUGGUUAUGGUUCACCAAUCUGUAUGCUAUGGAAGUGGAUCCUACUGUUGAGCAUGAAGACGUGGGUACAGAUGGAAUGGACAAUUUGUUUUCUGAGCUAGCAAAUGCCAUUCCAGGAAUUGAUGAAGCCAUGAGCUUUGCAGAGAUGCUCAAAUUGGUCCAAACAAUGGAUUAUUCGGUUAUAGUAUUUGACACUGCCCCAACUGGCCAUACACUUCGGCUGUUGCAGUUUCCAUCAACCUUGGAGAAAGGUCUGGCAAAAAUGACCCGCCUCUUUGGUGUUGAUGAUGAAUUUGGAGAGGAUGCAAUUCUGGGAAAGCUCGAGGGCAUGAAAGAUGUGAUUGAACAAGUUAACAGGCAAUUCAAAGACCCAGGUAAAGCGGCAACAAGUAAAUAA